AUGGGCCGUGGAGCCCGCGCGGCGGCUGCGCAGUGUCGCGGGGCGCGGGAGGGCGUCGGGGGCGCGGAGCCUCACCUGGCGGGAGGGCCGGAGCCCGGCCGCAGCCAUGGCUGCCCACGCCGCAGAAGAGGUGGCCUUGAACCCCGGAAGUCAUGCAGAGCCCUUUCUCUCUCACCAGUGGCUGCUGAGAUUCCACAUGUGUCCUCUCAGGAAGCACAGUCAACAGAGGCAUCCCCAGCCCCCAAGGACCAAGGGGACACAGGAGCCAAGGAGACAGGAGCCCCAGGGCUGCCCAGAGAGAAGUCUUGGCUGGCUCGCCAUUUCUCACUGCUGCUUCGACGGGACCGGCAGGCCCAGAAGGCUGGACAGCUCUUCUCCGGGCUCCUGGCGCUCAACGUGGUGUUCCUGGGCGGGGCCUUCAUCUGCAGUAUGAUCUUCAACAAUGUGGCCGUCACUCUGGGCGACGUGUGGAUCCUGCUAGCUGUCCUGAAGGUCCUCUCCGUCCUUUGGCUCCUCUACUACAUGGCCAGCACUGUGCGGCGGCCCCAUGCCGUGCUCUAUCGAGACCCCCAUGCGGGACCGAUUUGGGUGCGAGGCUCCCUGGUGCUCUUUGGCAGCUGUACCAUCUGCCUCAACGUCUUCCGCAUGGGCUACGACGUGAGCCACAGCCACUGCAAGUCCGAGCUGGAGCUCCUCUUCCCCGCCAUCGAGAUUGUCUUCAUGGCCAUCCAGACCUGGGUCCUCUGGAAACACUGUAAGGACUGUGUGCAGGUGCAGACCAAUCUCACCAGGUGUGGCCUCAUGCUGACCCUGGCCACAAACCUGCUGCUGUGGGUACUGGCUGUGACCAACGACUCCAUGCACCGUGAAAUCGAGGCGGAGCUCAGCGCCCUCAUGAAGAAGCUGUCAGGCAAUGGGACCAACACCUGCUUUUGCCUCAACGCCUCGGUGUGUGAGGUCUUCCGGAAGGGCUACCUGAUGCUCUACCCCUUCAGCACUGAGUACUGCCUCAUCUGCUGCGCGGUGCUCUUCGUCAUGUGGAAAAAUGUGGGGCGCCGCCUGGCGGCCCACACGGGCGUGCGCCCCCCCAGCCUGCCCUUCCACCUGCACGGGGCCAUCUUCGGGCCGCUGCUGGGCGUGCUGGCCCUGGUGGCUGGCGUGUGCAUCUUCGUGCUCUUCCAAAUCGAGGCCAGUGGCCCCGCGAUCGGCCGCCAGUAUUUCACCCUCUACUACGCCUUCUACGUGGCCGCCCUGCCUGCCAUGAGCCUGGCGUGCCUGGCGGGCACGGCCAUCCACGGGCUGGAGGAGCGGGAGCUGGACACGGUCAAGAACCCCACCCGCAGCCUGGAUGUGGUGUUGCUGAUGGGCGCCGCGCUGGGCCAAAUGGGCAUCGCCUAUUUCUCCAUCGUGGCCAUCGUGGCCACCCGCCCACAUGAGCUGCUCAACCAGCUCAUCCUGGCCUACUCCCUCCUGCUCAUCGUCCAACACAUGACCCAGAAUCUCUUCAUCAUCGAGGGCCUGCACCGCCGCCCGCUCUGGGAGGUGGUGCCAGAGGACCUGUCUGGAAAGCAGGAGACACAGUCUCCCCACAGAGGCUCCCUGAUAGAGCUGGGCCAAGACCUGCGGCGGGCCUCGGUGGCUUACAUACACUCCUACAGUCAUCUCAACUGGAAGCGGCGGGCGCUCAAGGAGAUCUCGCUCUUCCUCAUCCUCUGCAACAUCACACUGUGGAUGAUGCCGGCCUUUGGCAUACACCCCGAGUUCGAGAACGGGCUGGAGAAGGAGUUUUAUGGCUACCGGGCAUGGUUCACCAUCGUCAACUUCGGCCUGCCCUUGGGGGUCUUCUACCGCAUGCAUUCCGUCGGGGGGCUGGUAGAGGUCUACCUGGGGGCCUGA